AUAAAAGUUAUAAUAUUGCUUAUAUGCGACGAAAGUGCGAAAAAAAACAACAUGAAACGAGAUGGUACUUUACAGAAAAAACAAAGGCAAGGUAAAAAAGUUCAGAUCUUCAAAUCAAGAAAGAAAAAAAGUACAGAAGAAGAUGCGGCUAUACAGUAUUUGCGAGCACAAUACGACAAGAUCGUUCCUGAUGAAGUUAAGUCGUUUAAAGAUUUCCCGCUAUCACAAAAGACACUGAAAGGACUAAAAGAAAGUAAUUACACCACACCAACUGAAAUCCAGAGACAGGCAAUUGGUUACGCAUUGCAAGGAAAGGACAUCCUUGGAGCAGCAAAAACAGGCUCAGGAAAGACGCUGGCCUUUCUCAUACCGGUAUUAGAGAAAUUGUUCUGCACUAAAUGGACCAGGUUUGAUGGAGUAGGUGCUUUAGUAAUAUCACCAACUCGUGAGCUGGCUUACCAGAUAUAUGAAACUCUCAGAAAAGUUGGAUAUCUCCACGAUUUUUCUGCUGGGCUUAUUAUAGGUGGCCAAAACCUGAAAUUUGAGAAGAAAAGAAUGGAUCAAAUUAAUAUACUCAUUUGCACACCAGGUAGAUUGCUGCAACACAUGGAUGAAAACCCAUUGUUUCAUUGCAACAACCUUCAAAUUCUUGUUUUGGAUGAAGCUGAUAGAUGCCUAGACAUGGGUUUUGAAGCUACAAUGAAUGCUGUUAUUGAAAACUUGCCUCCUGAAAGACAGACUCUCUUGUUUUCUGCUACUCAGACCAAGUCAGUGAAAGAUUUAGCUCGACUCAGUCUUUCUUUCCCUACCUAUGUUGCCCCACAUGAGCAAGCAGAGACUGUGACACCUGAGUCGCUCCAGCAGAGCUAUAUUGUGUGUGAAAUUGAUGAGAAAUUAGGUAUACUAUGGUCAUUUAUUAGAAAUCAUUUAAAACAAAAAGUUUUGGUUUUCAUGGCAACAUGCAAGCAAGUCAAGUACACAUAUGAAUUGUUCUGCAAGUUGAGACCAGGUGUAAGUCUACUUGCUUUGUAUGGAACUUUGCAUCAGGAGAGAAGGGAAAAGAUUUAUAAUGAGUUUUGCAGAAAAUCAAAUGUAGUACUAUUUGCUACUGAUUUGGCAUCACGGGGCUUGGACUUCCCUAGAGUUAACUGGGUGAUCCAAGUUGAUUGUCCAGAAGAUGUGGAUACUUAUAUACACAGGGCUGGUCGCACAGCAAGAGGAGUGCUUGGCAAGGGAGAGGGACUGCUAAUGUUGUUGCCUCAUGAGGAGAAAAUUAUUGAAGAUUUAAAAAGGAGAAAAAUUCCUAUUAACAAAAUUUUAGUAGAUCCUUCCAAAAUAGUCACUCCACAAAGAAAAAUUGAAGGGUUGCUUUCAGAUAAUAUUGAAUUAAAACAAUCUGCUCAGCGGGCCUUUGUCAGCUAUGUGAAAUCUGUAUCUCUGAUGAAGAACAAGGACAUAUUCAGUUGUCAAAUGCUUGAUACAGAUGCCUAUGCUAAAUCUCUUGGAUUGAUUAUUCCUCCAAGAAUUAAAUUUAUGUACAAACAUCAGAAUAAAAUCCAAAACAAUAUCAUAAAGCCACAAGAAGACAAAGUUGAAACUAAUGUAGUCAUUGACAAACUGAACGCAAAAGCUGAUGAUGUUGAGAGUUGUGGCCAAAAUGCUGCUGAAGAAGAUGACAAAGAGCUAAAAGAAGUGCGAUGUAUCUCAGCAGAGAAGGUAAUAAAGAAGAGCAAGAGAAAGGAAAUACCCAACUUAAACUUCCACAAUAGUGAUUAUAGCGAUGAAGAUGAUUUCUUAAAAGUUAAAAAGACUGAUAAUAAUUUGGUUGUCGAUGAAUAUAUGGAAGAAAAGCAGAUUAUUUCCAAAAAAAAUACAAAGCCUUUAACAAAAGCAGCUGUUGCUAAGAAAAUACUUAAAAAGAAGAUCAAAGUGAACACAAAAGUAAAGUUCACUGAAGAUGGUGAAACUAUUGAGGAUGAAAAGAAAGAUGUGAAAUCACAAGCUGCUAAAUUAUUUAUGAAUGAAGAUGUUGGUGGAGUAGACAUAGAAAAGGCAAAGGAAGUAUUACGAGAAGAAGAUAAGUUUGACAAGAUCAGGUUCAGAGAGAAGGUAAAAGAAAAGCACAGGGAGCAGAAACGUAAGCUGAAAAAUAAAAGGAAAGAGGAAGGAGAGAAGGACGAAUUUGGAUCACAAUCAGAAUCUGAUGGACCUGAUCUGUCCUGGCUGCCAGACCCUGACAACGUAUACAAUAAAAAGGCAAUCAGUAAUGAGUAUAAGAGUGAUAGUGAUAUAGACCAAGUGAUAUCUGAUAAUGAUGAGACAGGAGAUGAAUCCGAGGACCAGAAAUACCAUAGACCGCCGAAACGAAAACUAUUGGAGAACAAAGGCAUUCCACAGGACAGCGUUAUACCGCGCAAAGUCAAGAAGAUCCAGGACCUUUCAGGUUCGCUUUCAGUGCUGGAAGCCGAGGCGUUCGCCAUGCAGUUAUUGCGGGCGAAAUAAUAAAUGUUAUAAAUUACA